AUGAAGACAGGGAAGGCUGUAGGUCCUGAUGGGAUACCUAUGGAAGCCUGGAAGUCUUUUGGAGAAGAAGGAAUAGAGUGGUUGACAAAGAUUCUCAAUACAGGGGUGGAGAGUGGAAGAAUGCCUGACGAUUGGAGAGAGAGUGUCAUAGUGCCUAUCUAUAAGAACAAGGGGGAUUUGAUUGAAAAACUUCGGGACGGACAAGCAAAUCUACACUGUGUGUUCAUCGACCUUGAGAAAUCAUAUGACAGAGUGCCAAGGGAAGAACUGUGGGCAUGUAUGAGAGAAGCUAAGAUCACAGAGGGGUAUGUAAAAACAGUUCAGGACUUGUUUAAAGGGUGCCGGACCAAAGUGAGAACACUUUGUGGAGAGACUGAGGAGUUCGAAGUUACAGUCGGGGUACACCAAGGAUCAGCGCUUAGCCCUUUCCUUUUCCUGGUCAUACUGGAAUGCUUAACAAAAGACAUUAGGAGAGAGGCUCCGUGGGACAUGCUUUUUGCCGAUGAUGUUGUUAUACGCACCAAGACAAGGCAGGAGGCGGAACGAAAAUUAGAAUCGUGGAGGCAUGCACUCGAAAGAAGGGGCCUGAAAGUAAGCCGGAAGAAAACAGAAUACCUGUGUACUGGUGGUGGAGAAAAAGAAGAAGGUUCCAUUAAGAUCCAAGCGAAAGUGGUAAAUAGGGUAAAAUAUUUCAAGUAUCUCAGGGCAACAGUGCAGGAAGGUGGUGGAGUGGAGUGUGAGGUAUCAAGACGGUUUCAAUAA